AUGGACCUGGGGAAGCCAAUGAAAAGCCUGCUGGUCGUGGCACUCCUCGUGGUUUUCCAGGUGUGCCUGUGCCAGGACGAGGUGACAGAUGACUACAUCGGGGACAACACCACGGUGGACUACUCGCUCUUCGAGUACGUGUGCUUCAAGAAGGAUGUGCGGAACUUUAAGGCCUGGUUCCUCCCCGUCAUGUACUCGGCCAUCUGCUUCGUGGGGCUGCUGGGCAACGGGCUGGUGGUGUUGACUUACAUCUACUUCAAGAGGCUCAAGACCAUGACCGACACCUACCUGCUUAACUUGGCCGUGGCCGACAUCCUCUUCCUCCUGACGCUUCCCUUCUGGGCCUACAGCGCGGCCAAGUCCUGGAUCUUCGGCGUCCACUUUUGCAAGCUCCUCUUCGGGAUCUACAAGGUCAGCUUCUUCAGCGGCAUGCUCCUGCUUCUGUGUAUCAGCAUCGACCGCUACGUGGCCAUCGUGCAGGCCGUCUCGGCCCACCGCCACCGGGCCCGCGUGCUGCUCAUCAGCAAGCUAUCCUGCGUGGCCAUCUGGCUGCUGGCCGUGCUGCUGUCCACCCCGGAGCUGCUCUACAGUGGCCUCCAGAAGAGCAGCAGCGAGCAGGCCUUGCGGUGCUCUCUCAUCACCCAGAACGUGGAGGCCUUGAUCAUCAUCCAGGUGGCCCAGAUGGUGAUCGGCUUCCUGGUGCCACUGCUGGUCAUGAGCUCCUGCUACCUUGUCAUCAUCCACACCCUGCUCCAGGCACGCAACUUCGAGCGCAACAAGGCCAUCAAGGUGAUCAUCGCCGUGGUGGUGGUCUUCACGGUCUUCCAGCUGCCCUACAACGGGGUGGUCCUGGCCCAGACGGUGGCCAAUUUCAACACCACCAGCAGCAACUGUGAGCUAAGCAAGCAGCUCAACAUCGCCUACGAUGUCACCUACAGCCUGGCCUGCUUCCGCUGCUGUAUCAACCCUUUCCUGUACGCCUUCAUCGGCGUCAAGUUCCGCAACGACCUCUUCAAGCUCUUCAAGGAACUGGGCUGUCUCAGCCAGGAGCGGCUCCGGCAGUGGUCUUCCUGCCGGCACACCCGGCGGGCCUCCAUGAGCGUGGAGGCUGAGACCACCACCACCUUCUCCCCGUAG